CAGAGCUCCACAUAUUCAGCUACUACAGAUAUUCAGCGGCGCUCGCCAUGUCCGGGAACAAAGUCGUCGGCGUGACGCCGACAUCGAGUGCUCCGAACUCGAUAUCUGACCUGGAAGCUUUGCUCAAGGACGACAUCAAAGUGAAGGUUGCGGGCAUUGAUGUCGAUGGUGUCCUGAGAGGAAAGUACAUGUCUAAGGAGAAGUUUCUCAGCGCCGCGAGUUCCGAAGGGUUCAACUUCUGCAGCGUCAUUUUCGGAUGGGACAUGCACGACACCGUAUAUCCCAAGGAGCUGUUGAUCUCCAAUAGAGCGAAUGGUUACCGUGACCUUAUCGCGUCCAUAGAUCUCGCGACAUAUCGGCGGAUACCCUGGGAGGGCAACGUGCCAUUCUUCCUCGUCUCGUUCUUGGACCCGGACACAAGGGAGCCCAUCUGCGCAGAUCCCCGCGGCGUGCUACGACAAAUUGUCGUCAACGCGCGCAACAAUGGCUGGCGGUGUAUGGCCGGCUGUGAAUAUGAGUACUUCCAAUUCAAAGAAACUCCCGAUUCUUUGGCGGCGAAGAAGUUCACCGACCUUCAGCCGUUGACGUCCGGAAUGCAUGGGUAUUCGUUGUUGCGCACGCAGCUCAACACCGGAUACUUUAACGACAUCUUCGAUGAGAGCUUGAAGUUCCAAGUACCGCUGGAAGGGCAUCACACGGAGACCGGGCCGGGUGUCUACGAGACCGCGCUGGCAUAUACUGACGCUCUGCGAAUGGCUGAUAAUGCCAUCCUAUUCAAAUUCCUUGCUAAGAGUAUCGGUAUCAAGCAUGGAGUGGUACCAAGCUUCAUGGCCAAACCCUGGGGCAAUCUUCCGGGCUGUAGCGGGCAUAUUCACGUAUCGUUGCGCGACGCCAAUGGGAAGAGUAUUUUUGCCGUCUCCGAUGCUGAUUUGAAGAACGGACGCACUGAUGCGCAAUAUGACGACACGAAGUUCCUUAGUCAAGAAGGCGAAUGGUUCCUGGCCGGAAUCCUGGAUGGCCUUCCGGAUGUUAUGCCUAUGCUCGUGCCGACGAUCAACGGAUACAAGCGUCUCGUUGGAGGCGAGGCGUUCUGGGCGCCGAAUGCGGUCACCUACGGGUACGACUCGCGCGCCGCGUCUGUUCGGAUAAUCUCGCCCCCUUCCGUCCCACCAGCGGCCACUCGGAUGGAGAUCCGGGUGCCUGGGGCGGACAUGAAUCCCUACUUUGCGUUGAGCGCAAUCUUCGCUCUGGGGCUGCGUGGCAUUGAGAAGAAGCUGCGUCUCCCUGGGCCACCUGUCAGCCAGUUGACGCUCGAAGACAAGAAGGCAGGGAAGGUUCAGAUGCUGCCAACCUCCCUUGAGGCCGCCACUGAGCGCAUGAUGCGUCCAGAGAGCAUCGCACGCGAGGAGGCUGUGUUCGGGAAUGACUUUGUGGAACACUUCGGUGGUACGAGACAGCAUGAGGUUAGGUUGUGGAACGAGGCGGUUACCAGCUGGGAAGUGGAAAGAUACUUGGAAUUGGCAUGAUUGAACCCGAGGAACCGUAACAAACGCAUGUACGAUAACUCGAUGGGGAGGACCGGAACAAGAGGGACAAAUGUACAACGAAGCGAGGUCCGGCAGCAUGUAAUUGGGAACUGUACAGAUGGGGAACACAACGUUUAUUCCUCGAUUAGACAUUGUCCAGGAUGGGAGGCCUUAGCGAGGGAUCAGCGUUGGCCAUGUGAUCGUCUGUUACGCGACCCCAGCAGCAGCUCCCGGUGCAGAGGCUUCGGCGGCGGCUGCGUUGGGCACAGCAGAUUCCUCAGCGGCGGCAGCAUGGACUUCUGCAGUUGCAGCAGGGGCGACGUCGCCGGUCGCCGAUUCGUCUGCCUUCUUCGAGCCACGUACUCCCUUCAGCCACCCUAGGAAGUGUUUCACAUCGUUCGCGAUGGAGCCUGGUAUAGAGGAUUCCGCGAUGAAUACCGGGAUGUUCCCACCUGGAGUGCUGGAAGUCGCCAUGCGCCAUUCGACCUUGCCGUUAUCAAGCUCCAAGAUGCGUUCAACACUCGCGUAACGGCCCUUGACGCCUUUCUCCUCCAACUUUUCGGCCUCCGGGUCCCCCGAGACAUCGACAGGCACAGAGACGACGAUUCCUGUCCUCGGAGACGUCUCGCUGAACCAAAUCGUUUGCACGACAGUGAAUACACGGGGCGAAACUGGGGGUGGGAAUUUGUAGAAUAGCGUCCAAACGGACUGGUUUUGGGAGAUCUGUUUGAUCAAUUGGACCUUCUCGAUUUCAGGGAUAUAUUGCAUCUCGUUGUUUGCUUUGUCUUUCCCUAGUUUGUCCCAAAACUCCUCGAAGGUCACUUCGUCCUUGUCGUGUUCGCUCACCCGGGCAUGCCAGGCUGCGCCGUCCUUCGGACCCUUCUUGCGGGACAGCGUCUUCACAGUGUUCUUGUGGAAGCUCUUUCCAUGUUUCCAAUUCGCAGUGUCGUUCAAAACCUCGCGACCGGCUUUGAUGAUUACGUCCUCGGAAGGGAUUUCCGACAACUUGAGAGGUGUGAUCGACAAGUAAAACUCCGAUGUAGACAUUAUGAGCAGUCCUAUGUUCGAAGGGAUGGUGGUCUCUGG